CUUCCUCCCUGGGCGCAUGGAACUAUCUCCUGAGUACUAGAAGUUGUAGCGGGCACCACUGAGUGUGUUUUGCUUUGGGGGCACUUUUUUUUUUUCUAGCAGCUGAUUUUAGUUUCUUCUAAACUAAGCCAAUUCGCCCCCCUUACACUGUCCAGAGUAAGGAACAAACUGCCAAGCAUCAACGGAGCCCAGAUGAGCCCGCGCCACGGAGCAGCUUAGCAGUCUCCUGGGACCCAACUCCGGAGCAGCCACAAGCAUGCACCCUGGAUUGUGGCUGUUCCUGGUUUCCUUAUGCUUGACCAAAGAACUGGCAGAAGCGGGACAGAAGAUGUCCUAUGGAAAGCCAUGUGGGGACCAAGAUUGCAGUAGAGGCUGUACAUGCUUUCCUGAGAAAGGAGCAAGAGGGCACCCUGGACCAAUUGGAACUCAAGGUCCAGCCGGUCCUGAAGGGUUUUCUGGUCCAACUGGUUUAUCAGGGUUGAAAGGAGAAAGAGGCUCCCCAGGCCCUCUGGGACCAUAUGGAUCAAAAGGAGAUAAGGGUCCCAUUGGAGUUCCUGGCUUUGUUGGCAUCAAUGGGAUUCCGGGCCACCCUGGACAACCAGGUCGAAGAGGUCCACCUGGCCUAGAUGGCUGUAAUGGAACUCAAGGAACUGUUGGAUUUCCAGGCCCUGAUGGUUACCCUGGGAUUUUAGGACCACCUGGGCUGCCUGGUCACAAAGGUGCAGAAGGAGAACCUGCUCCCUUUCAAGGCAGCAUCACAGGAAUGAGGGGGGAUCCUGGGCUGCCUGGACUGGAUGGAAUCCCUGGUCCAUUAGGAUUCCCCGGAUCUCCUGGAGAUGCAGGACCCAUAGGACCACCAGGCUUACAAGGUCCCCCAGGCCCCCCUGGACUUCUGGGUCCUGAUGGAAAUAUGGGGUUAGGUUUCCAAGGAGAAAAGGGAGUCAAGGGGGAUGUUGGCCUCCCUGGCCCUGCAGGACCACCUCCAUCUACUGGGGAACUAGAAUUCAUGGGAUUCCCCAAAGGGAAGAAAGGUUCCAAGGGUGAACCAGGGCCUCCAGGUCUCCCAGGCAAGAGUGGCUCUCCAGGUGUCCCAGAACUUGGAUCUAUUGGAGAAAAAGGAGAAAGGGGGAUCCUUGGUUUGCCAGGACCUAGGGGUCCCAUGGGUUCAGAAGGAAUACAAGGACAUCCAGGGAUACAGGGAAAGAAGGGGACUUCAGGUUUUCCUGGGACUAACGGGUUCCCAGGAAUUAAGGGUGAAAAGGGAGCCAUUGGUGUCCGAGGCCCAGACAGUUACACUGAUGCAGAUGGCGCUGCGAUCUCAGGCUAUCCCGGAGACCCUGGUAUGCCAGGCCUCCCAGGCCUUAGAGGAGAUGAAGGCAUCCAAGGCCAACGUGGCCCUUCUGGCACCCCUGGCCUCCCAUCGUUAACAGGUCUUCCAGGUGCCCUAGGGCCUCAGGGAUUUCCAGGCCUGAAAGGAGACCAAGGAAACUCAGGACGUACCACCUUUGGAGAAGCUGGCUUACCCGGCAGAGUUGGUUUGCCAGGUUUACCAGGCCUGCCAGGCCCAUCAGGCCCACCUGGUCGUACAUUUGAGACUGGACCCCUGCCUAACAUAGAGCCUGGGUUCCCUGGUCUCCAAGGAGAACAAGGUCCAAAAGGACAUCAAGGCCUCAAAGGAGUGAAAGGAGACUCUGGUUUUUGUGCUUGUGAAGGUGGUGCCCCCAACAUUGGACCACAUGGGGAACCAGGCCUGCCUGGGAUUCAAGGUCCCAUUGGUCUACAAGGUAUUAAAGGGACUAGAGGAGAUCCAGGCUCUAGCGGUACAUCUGGCCCUGCAGGGACUCCAGGGCUAUUUGGACCUAGAGGCCAGACUGGCCUCAAAGGAAAGAAAGGAGAACCAACUGUCAGUAGAGGAUCAAAAAUGUCAGGAGACAAAGGUGACCCUGGUCCUCAGGGGACCCCAGGUUUGGCAGGAGUUCCAGGCAAGGAUGGAAUACCAGGUUUACCAGGCCUCCCAGGCAUUCAGGGAGAUGGUGGGUCUGGCUUCCCAGGUGAAAGGGGGUUACCAGGACUUCCUGGUGAAAAGGGCCAUGAUGGUCCAACUGGACCACCAGGAAUUGGUCUGCCAGGAUUUCCUGGGCCCCCUGGACUUCCUGGAGAUAAAGGAGUGGAUGGGUUACCAGGGCAACAAGGCUUCCGUGGAGCUCAAGGAGUCACCUUGCCUUGUAUCAUUCCUGGGUCAUAUGGUCCAUCAGGAUUUCCUGGAGCUCCUGGAUUCCCAGGUUCUAAGGGAGCUCGGGGCGUCCCUGGAAUUCCAGGCAAGCCUGGCACUCAUGGAAGCAAAGGAGGGCCUGGAAGUCCAGGGUUAAUACAUCUCCCAGGAUUGCCAGGAUUUCCUGGAGCUCGUGGGGAGAAGGGAUUGCCUGGGUUUCCUGGGCUUCCUGGAAAGGAUGGCUACCCUGGGAAAGCUGGCAGUCCAGGGUUACCAGGUUCCAAGGGAGCUGCUGGUGACAUCUUUGGUGCUGAAAAUGGUGCUUCAGGGGAGCAAGGCCUACAGGGAUUGCCAGGGGACAAAGGAUUUUCUGGAGACUCUGGCCUUCCAGGACCCAAGGGUUUGAAUGGGAAACCUGGUAUGCUAGGCCCUAAGGGUGAGCGAGGCAACCCUGGAACAUCAGGACCACCAGGACAGCCAGGACCCUCAGGGUCUACUGAUCCAUUUGGCAUCAAGGGCACAUCUGGACUCCCAGGAGCACCGGGCCUUCCAGGCAUUUCAGGGCAUCCUGGAAAGAAGGGUCAAAGAGGAGACAUAGGUCACCCUGGGUCAACUGGAAAACGAGGUCUACCUGGGAUAAAAGGCCUUCCUGGUCCUCAAGGGUCAGCUGGCUUCCAGGGGAGCCCAGGUUUGUCAGGAGUCACUGGGUUGCCAGGCAUCCCAGGUCAAAAGGGUGAAAAGGGGUCCUCUGGACCAGUAGGGUUUCCUGGGUUACCUGGUCUUCCCGGUCUUCCUGGAGCUGAUGGAUUAAAGGGAUUUUCCGGGUUAUUUGGAAAAGUGGGACAACCUGGUCAGGCUGGUACUCCUGGAGAAAAAGGAGACAGAGGGGAUCCAGGGCCAGUUGGCAUGUCUGGUCCAAGACCUCCAAUGCUAAACCUUUGGUUCAAAGGAGAAAAAGGCUCUCAAGGUUCUGCUGGAUCAGAUGGAUUUCCUGGGCCCAGAGGUGACAAAGGAGAACCUGGCAUCCCAGGGUUACCAGGCCCACCUGGAGCUCCUGGACAGUCCAAUACCAUCAAAGGACUCAGUGGGAGGCCAGGUUCCCCUGGAUCUAUGGGAAGAAGGGGAUUACCUGGCCUGAAGGGGUCUCUGGGGAUUGCAGGUUUCCCAGGAAUGCCAGGGAAAAGUGGUUCACAGGGGCUCAUUGGGACUUCUGGUCCCCUGGGAGCAACUGGUAUCCCAGGUUUAAAAGGAGAUCAAGGCCAAACACUUGGCAUUUCUGGAAGCCCAGGACCCAAGGGACAGCCUGGUGAAUUAGGUUUUAAAGGUGUCAAAGGAAAAGAUGGACUAAGUGGUGAUAGAGGUUACCCAGGAAACAAAGGUGAUGAUGGAAAAGUUGGUAUUGCUGGAGAUCCUGGCUUCCCUGGCUCCCCAGGACGUCAAGGGUCUUCAGGUAUGAAUGGAGACCCAGGCCUCCCAGGUUCCUCUGGCCAGCCAGGAUCAAUUGGCCGCCCUGGACCCUCUGGAUUAAUAGGAGCUAAAGGAUUCCCUGGACCUCCUGGUUUACAUGGACUGAAUGGACUUCCAGGAACCAAGGGCACCCAUGGCACUCCAGGAGCCAGUAUCACUGGUGUCCCUGGGCCAGCUGGCCUGCCUGGUCCCAAAGGGGAAAGGGGAGUGCCAGGAAUUGUCAAUGGAGAUCCAGGGAAACAAGGCUCAAGGGGACAAAAAGGUGACCAAGGUUCCCCAGGUCUUCAAGGUCCUGCUGGUACCCCCGGAGCCCCAGGCAUCUCCUUGCCCUCAGUCAUAGCAGGACAGCCUGGUGACCCUGGGCGGCCAGGCCUAGAUGGAGAACGAGGCCGCCCAGGCCUCCCAGGCCCUCCAGGUCCCCCUGGGCCAUCCUCAGAUCAAGGCGAUCCUGGAGACUCUGGCUUCCCUGGAAUUCCAGGCCUUCAAGGGUUCAAGGGAAACCAAGGACACCCAGGUUCCUCUGGCCUCUCCGGAGAUCUAGGGCUAAAAGGCAUGAGAGGGGAACCUGGCCUCAUGGGAACUCCUGGCAAGAUUGGGCCACCAGGAGACCCGGGAUUUCCUGGGAUGAAGGGGAAGGCAGGGCCAAGAGGCUUUUCUGGCCCCCAGGGUGCUCCAGGACACACACCAAUUGCUGAAGCUAUGCAAGUUCCUCCAGGACCCCUAGGUCUUCCAGGCAUCGAUGGCAUCCCAGGUCUCACAGGAGACCCUGGAUCUCAAGGCUCUGUGGGUCUGCAAGGUUCCAAAGGCCUACCUGGCAUCCCUGGGAAGGAUGGCCCCAGUGGGCUUCCAGGCCCAUCUGGAAUCCUUGGUGAUCCUGGUCUCCCUGGACUACAAGGACCUCCAGGAUUUGAAGGAGCUCCUGGAAAUCAGGGCCCCAUUGGGCAGCCUGGGAUGCCUGGGCACAAUGUGAGAGUGGGCUACACACUAGUAAAACACAGUCAAUCAGAACAGGUGCCACUAUGCCCCAUUGGGAUGAGCCGGCUCUGGGUGGGUUACAGCUUGCUGUUCGUGGAGGGGCAGGAGAAAGCCCAUAACCAGGAUCUGGGAUUUGCUGGCUCCUGCCUGCCCCGAUUCAGCAUCAUGCCCUUCAUCUACUGCAACAUCAAUGAAGUGUGCCACUAUGCCAGACGCAAUGAUAAAUCCUACUGGCUCUCCACUACUGCCCCCAUUCCCAUGAUGCCUGUGGGCCAGACCCAGAUUCCCCAGUAUAUCAGCCGCUGCUCUGUAUGUGAGGCACCCUCACAAGCCAUUGCUGUGCACAGCCAGGACAUCACCGUUCCACAGUGCCCUCUGGGUUGGCACAGCCUCUGGAUCGGAUAUUCCUUCCUCAUGCACACUGCUGCUGGGGCUGAGGGUGGAGGCCAGUCCCUAGUCUCCCCCGGCUCCUGUCUUGAGGACUUCCGGGCCACUCCUUUCAUCGAGUGCAGCGGUGCCCGUGGUACCUGCCACUACUUUGCCAACAAGUACAGUUUCUGGCUGACAACGGUGGAGGAGAGAGGGCAGUUUCGGGAAGAUCCUGUGUCUGAGACGCUGAAAACCGGGCAGCUUCACACCAGGGUGAGCCGCUGCCAGGUGUGUAUGAAAAGCCUGUCACACAGCCUCUGAUCUCCCUACCCACCUCACAACACUCACCUCAACACGUCUGAACAGUCUGAGAAAGGAAGACCUGAGCCCAUUUGCCUGUCAAGUUGUACAUCAAAGUUUCAUUUGGACUGGACUACUGGACACUGGUCAUCCCAACCCUCGGGCUCCACAGAUGAGCCCACUGUGCUAGGAUUUGCUCUCCUGUUUCCAUCCAUCUGGUGCUAAUGUUCCAUUUAGAUAUGUGUGUGAUUACUCAUGGCUACCUCAGAAAGGUGUGCUAAACUGCCAUUUCCUAAGACGGCUAAAGCUCUCCUCACUGCCUUAACCAGGAAGUUCUUUAUAACAGCUAAGUUAUUUUUUUUUAUGACAAGACAUUACCACACAUUAUUUGAGUCAAACUAGAACUCAGGAUUUCCACCCUAAAAGUAUGUUUCUGGCUGAACAUUAUAGACAGCUGAAAUCUGCCUAGGGCUAGCCCUCCCUACUGAAGGCAGCUUGUUAUAUCUAGACAGGCAGUAUAGUAUUGGAAUGAGGAGCCAGCCGAUAGCCAAAAUUGAGCUGUGAUUUCUUCCAGAGUUUUGUUAGGCCCAUGCCCCAUCUUAUCUAGGAAAGGCCGAAAGUCCAGUAUUUGGUCCUAGAUGAAUCACUGCCCCCUGGUCCACAUCCAGAGAGAUAGACAAGUUGGUCCAAUCAAGCAGAACAAAGAAGGCAAUAAACGUGACCAAGCUCACAGAAGGAAAUGAGAAUCAUUUCUUUCUUCUUGGCCUAGGGCAGAGGGAUGAAUAUAUAUAGAGAGAGAGGUAGCAGUUCUGCUUCUGAGUCCAGGAACAAAAAGGUAAAUCUCAUGUCCCCAUUACUCAGAAAUCCCUAGUUAUUCCAAAUGCCAACCAGAUGUGUGCAGGUGACAAACUGUGUUGGCUCCCUGCAUUCUGAGGCUAUUAGAGAUGUUCUGAUAAAAUGGCCAUCCAACCACUCUCCCACAGGUAGCCUUUUAAACUAUUUGACAGUUUUUUUUUUUUAAUUUCAUAAAAAUCUAGCACUCACCAUUGUUAGCAGACCCGAGGCACAGUCUGAGUUGGCCAUGAAGUAUAUUGCCUUCUGUUUGAAGCAAUUCAUUUUAAUUACCAGUUGUGUAGAACACAAUUAGUUCCACUGACAUGAAGCACCCCUUUCCAGGUGAUUUGCUUUCUUGAGAACUAUGUAAACUGUGCCAGCGCAGGCAAAGCAUAACCAGUAUAUUCUAAGCUGUUGGCAUCACCUCAUAGAUAAGAAACAAAUGGUGUUAGCUUUGUACAUAGCAAAUAAAAGGAAUGAAAUGUGAA